AGUAAAGUCCUAGAACAGUCAGUCCAAUCUCUCCCCACUCUUCAUCCGCCAGAUCUCUCUCAUCUUCUUCUUCCCUUCACUCACCCAAACCAAACACAAUAAUUAUUUAUUUUUAAUCCUAAAUAAAUAAAUUAUAAAAAAUACAUUUUAAUGAGAAAUAAUGCUAGCUUCUGUUGUAGCCGAAGCUGAACCAGAAGCUCCUUUUCAUCUUCAAUGGCAAAUUCUAACAACUUCAUCCUUCUCAUUUCCUUCCUCUCAUUUUCCUUCCUCUCCAUUUCCACCUCAGGUGAAACUGAACAAAAAGGACCAUUCGUCGGUGUUAACAUCGGAACCGACGUUGAAAACAUGCCAGCAACUUCCGACAUAGUUUCAUUUCUUCAGUUACAAAAAAUAACACACGUUCGUCUCUACGAUGCAAACCCCGACAUUCUUAAAUCCUUGUCCGGAACCAAAAUUCGCGUCAUCAUCAGUGUCCCUAACAACCAGCUUCUCGCUAUUGGUUCUUCCAACACCACCGCAGCUUCAUGGAUCCAACGAAACGUCGUCGCUUAUUACCCUCAGACAUUAAUCACCGGAAUCUCCGUCGGUGACGAGGUUCUUACCACAGUUUAUUCUUCCGCUCCUCUUCUUCUUCCUGCUAUGGAAUCUCUUUACAAUGCUCUUGUUUCUUCGAAUCUUCAUCAGCAAAUCAAAGUCUCAACUCCUCAUGCUGCUUCGAUUAUUCUUGACCCUUUUCCACCUUCUCAGGCUUUUUUCAACCAAACCCUCGUUGAUGUUCUUCUACCGAUUCUUCAGUUUCUUUCUAAAACGGAAUCGCCAUUGAUGAUGAAUCUUUAUCCUUAUUAUGUUUUCAUGCAGAACAAAGGUGUUGUUCCUCUAGAUAAUGCGCUUUUUAAACCGGUUACUCCUAAUAAAGAAAUGGUGGAUCCUAAUACUUUGCUUCAUUAUACUAAUGUGCUUGAUGCGAUGAUUGAUUCGGCUUAUUUUUCGAUGAAGAAUCUUAAUGUUACUGAUGUUGUUGUUCUUGUUACUGAAACGGGUUGGCCUAGUAAGGGUGAUUCUAAAGAGCCUUAUGCUACGAAAGACAAUGCGGAUACUUAUAAUUCAAAUUUGAUUAAACAUGUUUUUGAUCACAGUGGAACUCCUUUGCAUCCUGAAGCUACUUCUAGUGUUUUUAUCUAUGAGCUUUUUAACGAGGAUUUGAGGUCUCCGCCGGUUUCGGAGGCAAAUUGGGGUCUUUUUUAUGGAAACACGACGGCGGUUUAUUUGCUUCAUGUGUCUGGAAUUGGGACUUUUUUGGCGAAUGAUACGACGAAUCAGACGUACUGCAUUGCAAUGGAUGGUUUUGAUUCGAAGACAUUGCAGGCUGCGUUGGAUUGGGCGUGUGGACCGGGAAGGGCUAAUUGUUCGGAGAUUCAGCCCGGAGAGAGUUGCUAUAAGCCUAAUAAUGUUAAGAAUCAUGCUUCUUAUGCUUUUGAUAGCUAUUACCAGAAAGAAGGGAAGUCUCCUGGGAGCUGUGAUUUCAAAGGAGUUGCUAUGAUCACUACCACAGAUCCCAGUCACGGGAGCUGCGAAUUUCCUGGAAGCAAGAACGUAAGCAACAAGACAAAGGAAGUGGUGAACUCUACUGAAUCAAGCAGUGCAGGGGAGAAGUUAAGGUUCAGAACCAUGAACACAGUUAACAACAUUUUGCACAUUUUCUUGACAUGUCUCUCUGCUUUGUUGUUAGUCCUUUUAUGAGAUGCAGAUAAUUCAAUUUUUUCUUUCCAUUAUGGAAUUUUGUGUUAGAGUUAAGGAUAACUAAGAUUGUAAGAGAAAAAGGAGUGAUAAUCUGUAGGUCUAGUCUUAGACUUAGUGCAUAUGAUAGAUGCUUCUCUUUUCAAUAAUGAAGUUGUGUGAAUAAAUUUUCACAGGGAUCUUGUAAUUAAGUUAUGUAUUUGUUGAAAUUACAUUUGUUAAUUAAUUUGUUUAGUGUAAUGUAAUUUGUUUAGGGACCAAUCAUUAUAAUGAUGUAAUGUAGUCUCACACAGCUAUGGGAAAUGCAAUUUUUGCGAUGUUA